GUGUGCAGAUAAGGGGUGAACAAGGACCCCCUGGGCCCCCAGGCCCUAUCGGCCCAAGAGGACAACCAGGUCCUGCAGGAAAGCCAGGGUUUGGAAGUCCUGGUCCCCAAGGCCCCCCUGGUCCCCCAGGACCACCUGGAUUCUCUGCGGUUGGAAAGCCUGGCAUGCCAGGUCUACCAGGAAAGCCAGGAGAGCGGGGACUAAAUGGUGAGAAAGGAGAAGCUGGACCUGUUGGGCUCCCAGGAGCAAGAGGGCCACAAGGACCCCCCGGCACUCCCGGCCCCGCAGGACUGUCUGUUCCUGGAAAGCCAGGACCACAGGGCCCUCCAGGAGCUCAAGGGCCCAGGGGCCUCCCUGGAGAGAAGGGAGAGCCAGGUAUCCCUGGUAUAAAUGGACAAAAGGGAGAAAAUGGAUUUGGCAUUCCAGGCCGCCCGGGUAGCAGAGGUCUUCCAGGUCCACAGGGACCCCGGGGCCUCCCCGGUCCUGCUGGGGUAGGGAAGCCUGGUGAAAAUGGUCUUCCGGGUCAGCCAGGUAUGAAAGGGGAGAGAGGUUUACCAGGUGCACCCGGAGCGGCCGGUAUCCCCGGUCCCCAGGGUCCUCCCGGCGGACCUGGGGAAGCCGUGCCUGGAUCCCCAGGUCUUCCAGGAUUCGGAAAGCCAGGAUUGCCAGGGAUGAAGGGACACAGAGGACCUGAAGGUCCUCCUGGCCUUCCAGGACCUAAAGGAGACCAAGGCCCAGCUGGCAUUCCAGGAGAACCAGGGCCUGCUGGGCCACCGGGGAACAUGGGCCCUCAAGGACUCAAAGGCUUGCCUGGUGAGAAUGGCUUACCUGGACCCAAAGGUGACAUGGGCCCUGCAGGCCUCCCAGGAUUCCCAGGAGCCAAGGGUGAACGAGGUCUACCGGGAUUAGAGGGAAAACCAGGAUACCCAGGUGAGCAGGGUCUUGCUGGUCCUAAAGGACAUCCAGGUCACCCAGGUCCAAAAGGUGACAUUGGCCACGCUGGGCUACCUGGCUUGCCCGGUCCGAUGGGUCCACAAGGAGUUAAGGGAGUGCCAGGGAUCAAUGGUGAGCCAGGCCCCAGAGGGCCUUCAGGAAUACCUGGGAUCAGAGGCCCCAUCGGCCCACCUGGCCUGCCAGGAGCCCCUGGUGCAAAAGGUGAGCCAGGAGCACCAGGACUGCCAGGCCCAGCAGGUAUUUCUACAAAAGGCUUAACUGGACCCAUGGGACCACCUGGACCCCCUGGACCUAAAGGCAACAAUGGAGAGCCUGGAUUGCCAGGCCCCCCAGGUCCUCCUGGUCCCCCCGGCCAAGCCGCAAUCCCACAGAUGCCCGAAGGCUACGUUAAAGCAGGAGAGUCUCGGGAGCUAUCAGGAAUGUCUUAUAUGAAAGGAGUAAACCAAGCUCUUACAGGGAUGCCAGUAUCUGCUUUCAGUGUUAUCCUCUCAAAAGCCUACCCUGGGGCAACAGUCCCCAUCAAAUUUGAUAAAAUCUUGUUCAACAGACAGCAACACUAUGACCCCAGAACAGGAAUCUUCACCUGCAGGAUCCCUGGACUGUACUACUUCUCCUAUCACAUACAUGCAAAAGGAACAAAUGUUUGGGUUGCACUCUACAAAAAUGGUUCCCCACUUAUGUACACUUAUGAUGAGUACCAGAAAGGUUACCUUGACCAGGCUUCUGGUAGUGCUGUCAUCGAUCUCAUGGAGAACGAUCAAGUAUGGCUCCAACUGCCCAAUUCAGAAUCUAAUGGUCUCUAUUCCUCUGAGUAUGUUCACUCUUCUUUCUCAGGUUUCCUAUUUGCUCAUAUGUAACAACGUCCCACUUUACACUGUCCUGACACUCUCUCCUUCAGGCUAUUUUAAUGGGGCACUGAUCUGAUUUGUCAUUAGCAGGUCACACAACUUCAAUUUUGCAACAGAAAUUGAGGAGGGAGUGAGAAGGUGGAAAAGAUUGGUUCAGACCUAGUAGAAUAAUACUGUAUGUUUUUAGAGAAUUGUUAUAGGAAAUUUAUUUCAAACGAUCAAUUGUCCAACUGAAUGCAACAUUAAAAUUUUAUGAAUUAA